AUGUCGUUGAAUAACCCUCCGCACUCCGAAUUAGACCGGCAGGAUACUGCCAAAUCUGGUACUCGCGACUCAGUACACGAUGAUGCCGAGAAGUUGGGAGAGUAUGCGUCGGCACCGGGCAUUGUAGAAAAUGUAGUCCAGGUCGUGGACCAUAAAGCGGAACGUGCUUUAUGCCUUCGUUUUGACCUACGGUUACUUCCUGUGCUUGCGGUGAUGUAUCUGUUCAAUGCCCUGGAUAAGGGAAACCUAGGGAACGCACAAACGGAUGGAUUGAGUAAAGACCUGAACUUUAAAAAGAACCAGUACAACCUCCUACUGUCUAUAUUUUUUGUCCCCUUUGUCGUCUUCGCCCCUCCCUUCGCCAUGCUGGGUAAACGCUUUAGCCCAGCCCGCGUCCUCCCCAUCCUCAUGUUCAGCUUCGGCAGUUUUACUCUCCUCUCCUCGGCAACUAAGAACUUCAGUGGCAUUUUUGCCCUCCGUUGGUUCCUCGGCAUGUCUGAAGCAGCAUUCUUCCCUCUAGUCAUCUACUACCUCACCACCUUCUAUCGUCGUGGCGAACUCGCUCGUCGGCUCGCUAUCUUCUAUGCCGCUUCCAACAUCGCCAACGCCUUCUCAGGGCUGAUUGCCUUCGGCGUCUUCCAGAUUAAGAACUCCUCCAUUCCGAACUGGCGCUAUCUGUUCAUCAUUGAAGGCGCCGUUACUGUGCUCUUUGCUAUUUUUGCCUUCUGGUACCUGCCGCGCAGCGCCAGCGAGGCGAAAUUUCUGUCCGCGGAUGAGAAAGCCCUAGCGUUCCACCGGAUCCAAGUGGACUCAAGCGCCAUAGUAAACGAGAAGUUCCGACUGCGCGAAGCAAUCGCCAUAUUCAAGCACCCAUCCACGUAUAUCUUCCUCGGGAUUGAGAUCUGCCUUGGAGUUCCGCUGCAGGGCGUUGCGUUGUUUAUGCCACAGAUUAUUGAACGACUCAAAUACUCAACUGUUAAAACGAACCUGUAUACUGUUGCGCCCAACGUAACAGGAGCAGUCAUGUUGCUCGUACUGGCAUUCGCGUCCGACGCGGCUCGUCUUCGAUCACCCUUCAUCGUGCUUGGCUUUUUGUUCACUUUUACGGGGUUCAUGAUUUACGCGGGAAUCAAUGACGUCCAGGCCAAUAUCCAGCUUGCAUAUUUCGCGACCUUUAUGAUGACGUGGGGCACGUCAGCACCGUCUGUGCUUCUGAGUACAUGGUACAACAAUAACAUUGCACAUGAGGGCCGUCGGGUGCUGUUGACCAGUAUCGGCGUGCCCCUCGCAAACCUCAUGGGCUUGGUAAGUAGUAAUGUGUUCCGGGAUGAGGACAAGCCCAAAUACAUGCCUGCGUUGAUCACAGUCGGCGCAUUUGGGGCUACAGGGGCUACGUUGGCCGCGAGUCUGGGUCUCUUCAUGUGGUUUGACAAUAAGAGGCGGGACCGUCGCACGGGACACACAAUCAGGGCGCACGAUGUGCCAACGGAGAGGUUGCACGAUGGGCCGGACAGUGAUGAGUUCCGAUGGUUUUUAUAA